UGCUAUUCGGGGAGCAUGAGAGCCCUCCAGGGGACAGCUGAGCGCCUCGUCAGGACCGGGUGGAGAUUCUGGCUCUUGGGGCUCUGCAAGGCCCUUGCCCUGCUGCAGGCUGCCUGGGUUGCCUUCUCUCGGCCUGUCCCAGCCAGCUGUGGCCAGCUGCUGACCCAGCUCCUCCUGUGCGGUUCCCUGGCCACUGCUGCCGCAAGUCUGGCCCACCACUGGCUGGUGUCCUCGCUACUUUAUCCUCUGGGGCCCUCGGCCCUGGUGGCCACUGUCUGUGGCCUGCUGGUCUUCCUGGGUCUGGGCCUGGUGCGCCCAGCUCGCUGCCUGUUUGCACUCAGCGUGCCCACCCUGGGCACGGAGCAGGGCCGCCGCCUGCUCCUCUCCUGGAGUGCUGCCACCCUAGCUGUCGCCGUGGUGCCCAACGUCUUGGCCAACAUGGGCGCGGCUGGGCAGGUGCUGAGGUGUGUCACCGAAGGCUCCCUGGAGAGUCUGCUCAACACCACUCAACAGCUGCACGCCGCGUCCAGGGCUCUGGGCCCCAACAGCCAGGCGAGCAGCCAGGGCCUGACGCUCCAGGCCCAGGGCAAUGGCUCUGCCUUCCGGCUUCACAUGCUCAGGGUCACUCAGCAGGUCCUGGAGGACUUCUCUGGCCUGGAGUCCCUGGCCCGGGCGGCAGCACUGGGGACCCAGCGGGUGGUCACAGGGCUGUUUCUGCUGGGCCUCCUGGUGGACUCGGCCUGGUACCUCCAUCGCUACCUGACUGACCUGCGGUUUGAUAACAUCUAUGCUACUCGGCAGCUGGCUCAGCAGCUGGCAGAGUCCCAGGCCACACACCUGGUGGCCUCCCCGCCAGCCUGGCUGCUCAGGGCGGCCCGGCCGAGGCUGUCCCAGGGGGAGCUGCUGAGCUGUCUCCUGAGGCUGGGGCUGCUCACCCUGCUCCUGGUGGCCACAGCUGUGACGGUGGCCACGGACCACGUGGUCUUCCUCCUGGCGCAGGCAGCCGUGGACUGGGCUCAGAAGCUGCCCGCUGUGCCCAUCACGCUCACAGUCAAGUACGACGCUGCGUACACCGUCCUGGGCUUCAUCCCCUUCCUCUUCAACCAGCCGCCCGCGGAGAGCCCCUUCGUCUCUGCGCACAACUCCUUCCGGUGGGAGCUGCGUUUCACCGCCCGCGGCUGCCCGCUGCUGCCCGCCCGGCGCCCCCAGGCGGCCGCGCCCCUGGCCGCGGGGCUCCUGCAGCUCGGGGCGUGCUCCACGGUCCUGCUGGAGACCUACGCGCGCCGCCUGCGGCACGCCACCGCGGCGGCCUUCUUCCCGGCCCAGGAGGCGCGGAGGAUGCGCCACCUCCACGCCCGGCUGCGGCAGAGAUACGACAGGCGCCACGGCCAGCAGCUGCCCCUGGGGACUCCUUCCUGCGCCGGACAGCCGGGCCUGCCAGCAGGCGCCCAGCAGGGAGACACGGGCCUGCUGCACGCCGGGCCCUGGGAGGAACAGAGAGCAGUGGGGCAGAGGGCAAAGAGCUUCCGAGUCGCACAGACCUGAGUUGCAACCUUGGCCCUUCUGCUGCCUCCCUGUGUGACCCUGGGUAGGUCGCUUCGCCUCUC